ACGACACUUUAAAUCCCUAGUAAUUCCAAGGAGUGUUCACCAAGCCACUUCCCUUUCUCUUCCUUCGCGCUCGUCUUCGUCUCUUCUCUCUCCUCGCUGACUGAUGUCGAUCUUUGAGUACAAUGGGAGCGCCCUGGUGGCGAUGGUCGGGAAGAAUUGCUUUGCGAUCGCCAGCGACCGCCGCCUUGGGGUUAACCUCCAGACCGUCGCUACUGAUUUCCAGAGGAUCUUCAAGAUCCACGACAAGCUCUACAUCGGCCUCUCUGGCCUCGCCACCGACGCCCAAACCAUGUACCAGCGGCUGGUCUUUCGCCACAAGCUUUAUCAGCUGAGGGAGGAAAGGGAUAUGAAGCCCCAGACUUUUGCCAGCCUCGUUUCGGCUCUGCUGUAUGAGAAAAGAUUUGGUCCAUACUUCUGUCAGCCUGUAAUUGCUGGACUAGGUGAUGAUGAUGUUCCAUUCAUUUGUACCAUGGAUUGCCUUGGUGCCAAGGAACUUGCCAAAGAUUUUGUUGUCUCUGGUACAGCCUCAGAGUCUCUUUAUGGUGCUUGUGAAUCCAUGUACAAGCCUAACAUGGAACCUGAAGAAUUGUUUGAGACAAUCUCACAAGCUUUAUUAUCGUCUGUGGAUCGUGAUUGUUUGAGUGGUUGGGGAGGGCAUGUCCUUCUUGUGACACCAACCGAAGUGCAGGAAAGAACCUUAAAGGGAAGGAUGGAUUAAGUCUGAUUUAAAUUGAACAUAAGUUCAUAUUUUCCUUGAAUUCUGCUUUCCUUGGUGGAAGCCAGCAGACUGUAAUUUUGUCUUUAAGGCCAUAAUGUGAGACUGUAGUUCUUGGAUCAGUUUCUUCUCGUUAAAAAAAUUGUGUUUCCGUUAUAUAAGCUGAGCAACGGUGAUGAGAUAUGGUUGUCUUGUUUGGUU